GUGGAGACUAGGAGCUGGGAGGCGUAGCCAUGCUCUACUGCUGGGGAGAAGGCGCCUCCGGGCAGCUGGGCCUGGGCAAACCGGACGGCGACGACCAGGAGCAGAAGCAGCAGCCGCCUGUCCGUUUCGGUCCAGGGCCCGAAGCGCUGUGGAGGCGCGGGGUGAGGCUGGUGGCCUGCGGCGAGUGGCACACGCUGCUGCUUCACCCCGACGGCGGCGUCUCUUCUUGCGGGGACAACACCCGGGGCCAGCUGGGUAGGAGGCUCCCCGCAGGGCGGCUCUGCAGCUCCGUGCCAGAACAAAUCCAAGCACUGGAAGCGCAGGCUGUUGUAAACGUCAGCUGUGGUAAGGAGUACUCCAUAGCCAUUUGCAGCAAUGGAAGUAUUUUCUCUUGGGGAGCUGGCACUUUCGGACAGUUGGGCACUGGGCAAUGGAAAGACCAGUUAAUCCCCAAGAAAAUAGAUGGAUUAUCCCCGCGCAAAGUAAUACAAGUGGCUUGUGGACACUACCACACAAUAGCCCUAACCAAAGAUGGCAAAGUCUUCUCCUGGGGACAGAACACCUAUGGCCAGCUGGGAAUUGAAGGAGGAGAAGUCUCUUCCCAUUUUCAACCACAAAAAGUUUCUCUCGACGGCAUCCCAUUGGCCCAGGUGGCUGCUGGCGGGGCGCAAAGUUUUGCCCUCUCCCUUUCAGGAGUUGUGUAUGGAUGGGGAAGAAACAACGUGCAUCAGCUUGGUCUAAGUCAAAGUGACUCCAGUGAGCGGGUGUGCCAGCCAUGCUUGGUGGCUGCUCUGAGGAACCUGGAUGUGAUCUACAUUAGCUGUGGAGCUGAGCAUGCUGCCGUCCUCACCCAGGAUGGCAGCAUCUUCACAUUUGGCAAUGACUCUGCUGGACAGCUGGGGCAAACUUCUUCUGGCCAGAAAAGAGGACCUCAAAAGGUUGACUGGAUUGAUGGGCCAGUUUCCCAUCUGGCGUGUGGAAGCUAUCACACACUUGCUUAUAUCUCUGCUUCCGGCAAGCUGAUAUCUUUUGGACGUGGGUGCAGUGAAUAUGGAGCAGCUUCCUGCAAGCAGGAUGAGACACAGAGCUUUAACAUUAGUGCACUCAUUUCUCCUAAUGAAUUUGUAGGCGUCCCGAUAAAACAGAUAUUUGCAGGAGGAUCUGUCAGCUUUGCCAUUGCGCAGGCCUCCAAGGAUGCAAGCGGAGGUUCCUCAGUAGAAGCCUUGCCAAAGAUCAGCCAGCUGGACAGGGCGAUGAUGAAUGAAUGGAUGGCAGCGGAAGACGCCGAAAGUUGGGAGAGAGCAAACAGAGAAAUUGAUGAGAUAUUUUCUUCCCCUCCCUGUUUAGCAGCAAGCUUUUUAAAACCAAAGUCUGCUCUGAAAGCUGACUGCUGUAUAAUGGUUGACCUACAAAAGGCAAGAGACGUAUUCUAUGAGCUUACCCAAAAGGACUGGAUUAGUAACAAGAUCUUUCUCUGUGUGAUAAGUGACCUGGUCCGUGCCGUCCCUGUGAACUCUCCUCACCAAGAGGCUUUUUCUUGCUUCCUCCUUGUGCCCGAGUGCCUUGAUGCUCUCGAAAAGAAAAGCCAGCAGACUAUGGGCAGGGUCUUUGCAGAAGUCGUGUCCAAGCUGAGUGAGCACUCUUCAAACAUUCUAGAAAGACAAUGGUUGGAUUUGCCAGUUGCUUUUUUCGACAGAAUGAUUCAGAUGCUGAAGAAGGCUGUGGUAUGCCUGCUGCCCUUUCACUAUGUAACUCCCCACUCUCAGGAACUGGUCCCGGUCUUGGAAACCCUUCAGCAACUCUACGAGGCAAACCAGGCGGCUGGCUGCAAAGUCCCGUUAAGCAACUUCUAUAUCAAAAAUCUUUCCAAGAAGGUUGAUCCUUUUGUGGAUUUUUCCAGGUGGCUUGCCUGGAUCAAUCAGCAGACUCCGUCCCCUGAAUUUUCUUUCUGCUGCUUUCCUUUUGUUUUCGAUCUCCCAUCCAAGCAGCACCUGUUCCAUAUUGCUUCCUUUGUCGUGCAAGAGGGCAUAAAGUUAGAUGCUCAUGUAGAAUUGUUCAGCAAUCCGCAGAACCCAACUGUUGUGCUGGACCCGUUUGUUGAACACCCCAAGUCGCCCGUCUUCCUUCUGAAGGUGAAGCGUCAGGACCUGGUAGCUCACACUUUGCACCAACUGAGUCAGGUGGCAGACACUUCCCUGAAAAUGGAGCUGAUGGUUGAAUUUGAAGGAGAACCGAAACGUGAUCCCAACAGCGUGGUUGUUGAAUUCUUCUUCUACCUGUUUGAGGAGAUGAUCCGGCCAGAUUAUGGGUUGUUUAUGUACUGUGAGCAGAAUUCUCCUAUGUGGUUUCCUGCAAACCCUUCUGCAGACCUGAGGAAUUAUUACCUCUUUGGGAUCCUGUAUGGCCUGUGCUUGUUCAACAGGGUCCUUGCUUAUGUGCCUUUCCCACUUGCUCUCUUUAAAAAAUUGAGGGGCAAGGAGCCCUCCCUCCAGGACCUGAAAGAACUGAGCCCAGUCUUGGGAAACAGUUUGCAGUCAGUUCUUGAUUAUGAACUGGAUGAUAUGGAAGCAAACCUUCAGCUGAGUUACAAUAUAAUCUGGGAUAACGUGGCUGUAGACUUAAUUCCAAAUGGCCAUAUAGUAGCUGUGAAUACCACAAACAGGAAGGACUUUGUUAGCAGAUAUGUAGAUUAUGUCUUCAGCAAAUCUGUGGAAAGAGUUUUCUACGCAUUCGAGAGGGGGCUUUAUAAAGUCCUGGACGAACGGGUCGUUGACUUCUUUGCCCCUGAGGAGCUGAUGGAGGUGGCAACUGGAGAAGCGAAUUAUGAUUGGGACAUGUUUGAAAAGAAUACUGCCUACUGGGGAAUAUAUAAUAUGGUCCACCCUACCAUAAAGAUGUUUUGGCAGGUUUUCCGUGGACUGACUUUGGCUGACAAAAAGAGCUUUUUAUUGUUUGUCUCAGGAAGUGACCGGCUGCCUGUAAAACCAAAGGAGGACAUGCACCUAAAAAUUCAUUCGCGUGAGGGGCUUUCAGAAGAUCACCUUCCUGAAGCCCAGACCUGCUGUCAAAUUCUACUUCUGCCUCCUUAUUCCACAAUAGAAAAACUGAAGGAGAAACUUUUCCUGGCCAUUGAGAACAAUCGAGGCUUCGGCAAACCAUGAAGCUGCUAAUUUCAUAGACGCAAGUGCAAGUUUAUAGCUUAGCUUACUGCAGUAGUGUGAUUCAGUGCUUGGUGGACAUGUGUCUCGCGUGGGGGGGGGGGCGUUUCUCUGUCUUUGAAACAACAGCUAUAGCAGAGAAGGGACAAACAGAUGAAAUUCAGGAAGCAAGAAGGAAAUUUUACCCAUUUGUUGAUUCCUGCUGGUUCCUGGAGACCAUCAUAGACUUUUGAAGACAGACUCAUUUCUAAUAAAGUAUUGUUUUAUAUUGCUUAUAAAUUUUCCACUAGAGGCUAUUUCUAAUAAAAUAUUGUUUUUACAUUU